GAUUUUCAUACGCAAUUUCUUGACCGAAUUACUUGCUUUCCUCUUCAUCCUUCCAAGUUUUAAACACAUGAUGAAAAGCCAGCGUGUUAUUAUGAGUACGAUUCCUCCUCCUCAAGCUUCCAAAUUCUCCCUUUACCGGGCCUCAGUGGUUUGGUUGUGAGAGGAGGCAGGAAGAGUGAAAUAAGCGUUCGACACACACCUUGUUCGAUACCGGACGCGAUGAAGGCAUCUCUGACCCUUGAAGCUUGGAAGGCCUUGCUGUGGCGGCUGAGGACAAUGGGCUGGUCUAUUCUAUGGCUGCAGGCCGAUUGCCAACAACGCUUUCUGCAGCAGGGCGAACGUGCAACCCCUCCCUCCCCCGACCCUCCCCCUAUUCCCUUUUGUCUUUUUCUUAUGUUACAUGCAACUACGAGGGCCUUGAGAGAUUGGAUUGAACUGUGUUAUGGUUGUCGCUCGGAGGAUUCUGCGGAGGCUUGGAACUUUUUGUUUGCUCCAUGAUGACUCUGGAGCAAGGCGAAUGUACAGAUUUUUGACCCCCUCCCCUGUUCCCUCUUGUCCUUUCUUUGACAUAUAACUAUAAGGGCUUUGAGAAAUAUGAUUGGAGCUGUGCUAUGAUUGUGCUCGGAGGAUUUUGCGGCGAGCUUGGAACUUCUUGUAAGGUUUCGAGGAUGUUUUGGAUCCGAUUCAUUAUACUGCAAGCCAAAAGCAGGCUACUAUUGUAUCAGAAUAC